UUGAAAAAUGGGAAGGAAUCAAAUUGUGAUUUCAGCGAAAGAAUGUGGGAAGUUGUUGACAAGAACCAAAAUACAAGAAAUGUGGGAAAUUCUAGAAAAGUUUAGAAAGCGACACACCCGGCACAUGUGCAGCCCAUCGGGAAGGGAUAAAUUAUCAUCAAAAUGUUUAAUAAAACAGGUUAAGGGGCAAAGGGGGUGUCUAUGAAAAUAUAAGAAAAGUUUAGAAACAUGUUGGGAAUGUGUAGCUCAUUGUAAAGGAACUAUUUUUGGUGAGUUAUUUCAUGCACACAAAAAACCGUGGAACGUUUGCAAAAAGACUGCAUAGCUGUACAAAAAGAUGUGACUUUCUGUGUUUACAAUGGGAAUCAUUUUCGUAACAAGUAGGUAAAUUUUAAUUAAACAAAAAAUUGACGAUGACAGAAAAGCUCAACGUUAGCUUACCUCAUCAGUUUUAGUUACCAUGCAAGUUAAAAAAAAAAGUAUUGUUUACCAAAAGCCUUUAAAUUUGACUUUUAUGCUCGGCUAACGUCAUUACAAAUUUGCAAACUUGGUGCAAAAUGUCUCGAACACCAACAGUGAAGGCACCUUUCUAUUUUGACUGUUAUAUUAAUGCCAAAUGUUCUUUUUUUUUCCUCUUCCAAAUCUUUCAAUCCACCCCGCAAAAAAAAAAAAAAAAAACCUGCAUGGAUUGAUGAUGCAAAGAGACCAAUCGUCUUGCUACGUGGAUUGUUAUUUGUUGAGUGGAUGUUAUUGAGGGAGAUGGGGGGGCUUGUAGGCGCCGACCAAUCGACGAGCGGCCGGGUCCUCACGUGACAGCACCCCCCGCUCCCACCCCUCCCCAUUCAUCAGGGCUGGACCGUGUUGUCUUUGCAAUUCAUUUAUCUGCAGGAAUGAUUGCGACUAUCAGUCUGCAGCUCAGCGCCCGAGCGAGGAGGUGAAAGUCACGCCACGGGGAGAUCGAGCGUCCCAAAAACAAAACACGAGAGACAAUAGCGCGUGGGUUUCUUUUUUUUUUCCGGGGGGCGCGUGGGCGUAAGAUGUGCGCGAGAAGGGCGCCGUAGAAAGUAAACAAGACUCGGGCGAUUUCGGGGGAGUUGGGACGAGAUAGAGAAAGUGAAGGAGAGGGGGCGGGAGGGACGAAUAUCUGUGCGUGAUUUUUUCACCCGUGUCUUCAGUCGCGUCGGCGCGCGCACAGACCGAGUGGGCGAAGAUGCUCCUGGACGCCGGACCCCAGUACCCCGCCAUAGGAGUGACCACUUUCGGCUCUACGCGGCACCACUCGACGGGCGAGGUGACGGAGCGGGAGGUGGCGCUUGGUAUCAACCCGUUCGCGGACGGCAUGGGCGCCUUCAAAAUCAACCACGGCUCCCACGAGCAGACGGCGUUCUCCACGCAGGCGCCUGCCGGCUACGCGGCGGCGGCCGCCCUGGGCCACCACCACCAUCACCACCACCACCACCCGGGCCACGUGGGCUCUUACUCCACGGCGGCCUUCAACUCCACGCGGGACUUUCUGUUCAGGAACCGCGGGUUCGGCGAGGCGGCGGGUGCGCAGCACAGCCUCUUCGCUUCGGCGGCGGCAGCAGCGGGCGGCUUCGCCGCGGGACCCCACGGACACUCGGAAGCGGCGGGCCACCUGCUCUUCCCGGGGCUGCACGAGCAGGCGGCGGGCCACGCGUCCUCCAACGUGGUCAACGGCCAGAUGCGCCUGGGCUUCGGUGGGGACGUGUACGGUCGCGCCGCGGCCGAGCAGUACGGCCACGUCACGAGCCCGCGCUCAGACUACGCGUCCACGCAGCUGCACGGCUACGGCCCCAUGAACAUGAACAUGGCAGCGCACCACGGCGCCGGGGCCUUCUUCCGCUACAUGCGGCAGCCCAUCAAGCAGGAGCUCAUCUGCAAGUGGAUCGAGCCCGAGCAGCUGGCAAGCCCCAAGAAGUCGUGCAACAAGACGUUCAGCACCAUGCACGAGCUGGUCACUCACCUGACCGUGGAGCACGUGGGGGGGCCGGAGCAGACCAACCACAUCUGCUUCUGGGAGGAGUGCUCCCGCGAGGGCAAGCCCUUCAAGGCCAAGUACAAGCUGGUCAAUCACAUCCGCGUGCACACGGGCGAGAAGCCCUUCCCGUGCCCCUUCCCCGGCUGCGGGAAAGUCUUCGCGCGUUCGGAAAACCUGAAAAUUCACAAAAGGACGCACACGGGUGAGAAGCCGUUCAAGUGCGAGUUCGACGGCUGCGAUCGCCGCUUUGCCAACAGCAGCGACCGCAAGAAACAUAUGCACGUGCACACCUCCGACAAGCCCUACUUGUGCAAAAUGUGCGACAAGUCCUACACGCACCCGAGUUCCCUGCGCAAACACAUGAAGGUACACGAAGCGAGCAACCCGGGCUCCCAGCCGUCUCCGGCGGCCAGCUCGGGCUACGAGUCGUCCACGCCCCCCACCAUCGUGUCCCCGUCGGCGGAGAACCCGAACAGCGGCAGCUCCAUAUCGCCCACGGCCCCCGUGGCGGUGCAGCACCACGCCGCCACCACCACGACAGCGGGCAGCCACAGCGGCGCGCUCACGUCCAAUUUCAAUGAAUGGUACGUGUAAAAAAAAUAUUUUGGGGGGAAAUUGGGUGGGUUUAAAAAUGGAAAGGUGUUUUUUUUCUGGACUGCAAAGACUUUUUGGAGCGUGGACUGAAAGAGUGCAUGGACCAAAAAAGAGAAAAGAAGAAGCCAACUUUUCUUUAUUUUUAACUAAGGACUGCUCCAAAAGUUGCAAAAAGGGGGGCGUAGGGGGAAUUGUUUUUGUACAUACCACAACCAAGAUGGAAAAGAAACAUACCUGUAAUAUUUUAUUUUGUAAAUAUCUUAAGGUUGUGAAGAAAAAAAAUUGUGCUCCCUUGGUAUAUGGACAAUAGACGCCACUGAAGAAGAAUGUUCUAGUCGUGUACCAAAUGUGAAUGAUCACUAGUAUUACAAGGUCGAGCUUAUAGUAUUAAAUGUGCUCUCUUUUUUUCCGCCAUCAUGUAUAGCCAGACACCGUGCAGCAUUCUCGUCCCUAAAGGUCCCGUUGGAGUAGCACACUUUUAAUCCUUGUUGUUAUUUAAAUGUCAUGUCGACGAAAUCGUCUCGAAUAGUGAAAAAAAGCCUGAACAAUUCCGUGUCAACCUGUUUAUUAUGUAUACGUGAUAAAUAUACACUAAAAGUUACCUGUGUUGUCUGAAAGGAAGUAUUAUUAUUAUUAUUAUGAUUAUUAUUAUACAUGUAUAACUAGCUCAAUUUUCCAUAUUUAUCCGCAUGUUUUUAGAAGUGGUCGGUAUUUAUGGAGAAAUGCGCUCGUAUGUCAAAUUUAGUUUCGAUUCACCAACAACACAAAAAAAUGUUUGGAUACAUUUUCGUACUAUAUUCAACGAUUAAAAAAAUACAAAUGCAAAAAAAAAACAAUGCGUUGGGCUUGAUUUAAUUAGUUAUAGCAACCGAUUGCAGAUGACUUCUUCCCUGAUUGUUGUCAUUUGCGGAACAACAAAAACUCGAAAACGAAUAUUUAAUAACUGCCCCCCCCAAAAAAAUAUAAUUUCAAAAAAUAGCCACGUGACUCAUUAAAGUUGGAAUCGCUUGAUUGAUUUAAGGGAAACGUGCAAUUGCCAGCGUGUGUUUGCAACUUUAGUCAAUACGAAUUGCCGCCCACACACGCGCACACACACAUCUACCCUAGCGCCCCCUUCUUUCUGUUUAUCCAAAUUAACAUCCAUCACUUUUGCCCCGCAGUAAUGUGCAAAUUUAAUCGAUUAAUCACGCCGGUUGUUCCUUUUGUGUAUACACACAAAAAAUAAGUUGGCCUUACUUAAUUGUUGGGGAAUCUCAUUUUGCAAUCUAAUUUAUUUCCGUUUGUGGGAUCGCCUGGAUUUAUAAGGGGGGUGAGGGGCAGUGAAGGGGAGGGGGGGGGGGGUGCAGCAGUGCAUGAAAAGCAUGAAAAGUGAACCCCCCAACUCAAGACCCCCUCUCUUUUUUUUCUCUUUAUUGUUUGUCUGCAGCUUGCUUGAGCGGCCCAUUAGGCAGCCAGAGAUCACGUCGUGAUCGUCGUGCAUGUGACAAGUCUUUGUCAGCAAUGCACGGACAGCAAAAAAAAAAAAAAAAAAGGAGGGGGGGGGGGGGGCAGCUAGUGGCAUUUUCGUUAUCGGGGGAAAAGUAGUCAAAACACGAGAUCAUGUGCUAGCGUGUGUGGUUGUGUGUGUGUGUGUGUGUGUGUGUGUAUGGGGGGGGGGCAAAAUGCAUGCACCAUCUUGUUGGAAAUGUAUUGAAAUGUAUUCAUAUUUCCCUUUUCAUGGACUAUUACGUCCGGGGGGUGACGCGGAAAUGACUUUUUCGACUCUAUUUAACAAUGCUGUCGUCAGGCAGAGUCCAUUGCAUUCUUUCGAACACACACGUACACGCGCGCGCACGAUCGCAACAGCAGAUGCCUUCAAAAAUGUUUCUUUUUUUUUUUUUUUUUAAAGGGACAUUACAUCGUGCACUGCAUCACACUGAUGAUUGUUUUUAAAA